AUGCUUCUGGAAUUCGCGGGGGAAGAUUAUGUUGCAGUUGCUGCCCGACAACUACACGGUCGACACGAAAUUGUACACGCGGGAUCUCCUCGAGUUGGACGUCCGGGAAAAGCGACCGAGACGUGCCGCCAUUCACUUCCUCCACGACAACGCGCGGCCCAAUGUCGCUUCGGCACAUCGUCGCCUUGGGGUACUAGGUUGGGAAACGAUCUCCCAUUCACCCUGUUCUUCGGACCACGCCCUACCAAACUACCACUUGUUUCAAGCCCUUAA